ACAAGGGUAGCGCAUUGCACUCUUGUUUCGUGUGCAAGGCCGAGAUGUGCCCUCGUACUCGCCCGCUGGAACGUGGUCGGGGUGCGCAGUACGGCAUACCGGAAGAAGCGAUACCGCCGGGAGCACGUGUUUGCAAUACGUGCCAAUGCAAGUCAGUGAAAUCUAGAUAUACGCAUUGUCCCCUGCCGACCUGUCCCAAUCCGAAAGAUAGAGUGAAACGUUUCCGAAAUCUUCCACCGCGUCUCUUUGAACUCUCACCGGAGAUCCGCGAUCCAAUCGUUCAAGAGCUACAAAUUCCACCUAACGUGACAAAAUGUUGUUCCGCUUGUUUGACUCGUAUUCGUCGCAAGAUGGGGCCACAUUUAAAUCUUACCGACGAGGAAGUUGCACGAAUGAAAAAGCUGUUGCAAGAUGUUGGUCCCAAAUGGAACCAACUGGCAGAAACCAUGAACAAAACUCCCGUUGCGUUGAAAAGCUUUUACAUUCAUUACAAGAAAAAAUACAGCUUUGAUCUAGCUGUGACUGAGUACUACAAACUGCAUCCUGGCGAAGAUCGUCGCCCGGUAAUGACCGAUGGCGAUGAAUCAGAUAUGAGUGCUUCCUCUUCAGAUGAACGGGACGCAAGCAGCGACACGACUGCUUCCGCUGAGAGUCCUAACAACUCCGUUCCACUGAAUGUCACGAAAGAGGAAAUCAUCGCAGUUCCUGAAACAUUGGCCCCACCACCUCUUACCAAAAGUUUCGAAGACGAUCGGUUGUUGCCACCUGGUCAGCCGCCUAGGAAACAGAAGCUCACCGAAGAGUAUGACAGUUCGGCUACUGAGACGGCAGACGAGGAAAACGAAACCUCACCUGCAAACCGACAGAGUCCUAAAGUACUUUAUCCUCCGCUAGGUGGAGUAAAUCCCGUUAUGUCUGUGCACCACUCUUCUAUGCAGAACGGACCUCGCGGCAAUGAUGUUGGCUCACCUCUGAAUGUUCGGGAUGUGAUGCUGAAUGUGAUAGAAAGAUCUGUAAUGUCCAACAAUUCAGCGAAACCACCACCGAUGAAAUCUAUCGGUGAGUUAUCUUUUACACCUCGAGAUUACAGGGAUUUGUCGAAGGUGCCACCCAAUCGACCCUCUUCGGGAGAAAUGGCAACUCUUUCAGUGGUGAAUUCCCUUCCUCACGGUCAACCGAAGAUCAUAUCUCAUCAUCCCCAUCCGAUGAGUUCUCAAAUACAGGCAACCAUUACGCCUGUUCCACAGCAGCAGCAGCAGCAACAACAGCAACAACAGCAACAGCAACAACAACAGCAACAGCAACAACAACAGCACCAACAACAACAACAACAACAACAGCACCAACAACAACAACAACAACAGCAGCACCAACAACAACAACAACAACAACAACAACAACAACAACAACAACAACAACAACAGCAGCACCAACAGCACCAACAGCACCAACAGCACCAACAACAACAACAACAUCAACAGCAACAACAGCAACAACAACAACAACAACAACAACAACAACAACAACAACAACAACAACAACAGCAGCAGCAGCAACCUCCGCAAUUGCUAGCACAGACUCAGCAGAUUCCACCUUCGCUGCAGCAACAGCAGCAACAAGCGUCACAAUCACAGGCUCAAUCUGUCCAGCUAUUGCAGCAGCCUUCGCAGCAGCCAGUCAGCUCUAGUGCCCACGAAAAAGAUGUCCCGGUGGUCUUUGUAAGAGAUGAACCGGUAACACUCGAUCUCAGCAUUAAAAAGCCUCAGCGGGACAAUUUCCCUCCACCUGCGCACAACAGUAAAAUGCCCAGUGUACCUUCUCAGUCAGUUCCACUUCCUCCGCACUCUUCGAGUGGCGGAAGCACAAUAACGUUGUAUCGUACGGACAACUUUCCACCGCCGAGCCAUCAGCAGCAACUACAGAACAUUCCAGUGCAUGGGCCGCCCUAUGGGAUGAGCUACCACGGCGAGACGAUGGGACGCCCAUCUAAGUCACCCUCUGGUUAUAUUACGACCGUACCUGGAGGACCACCGAUGUCUUGGAAUCAAGGCCCAGGAGGUCCGCCAAAUGCUGGUUCUUCUAUGGUUGGACGAGGACAGAUGUCACAGCAAACUAUCUCGUUAACUCCACCUCCGACGAAGAAACAAAAUGCUCCCAAAUUAAGUCCUAAGAUGCCGCAUCAAGUGCAAUCGGUCAUGCAGCAGCCACCGUCGCAAUCCAUCGGACCAAAGGGAUCGAUCACUCAUGGUACACCAGUAAAUGCCGCUGGCCAACAAAUUAUACUUCAAGGUCAAACCACGCUCAGUCCUCGCUAUGACAAUAUGCUUCGACAGACGCCACCCUCAUCGAACGACAAACAUGGAUCCAUCACCCAAGGAACACCGGUUCACGUAACCACUCACACGUUACCGGAUAAACGUGCAGCCUACGAGUACAAAUCAUACAACAAUCGUCAGAGCCCAGCACAAGUGUCUCAACCGCCACCUCAAGGAAGUCCUCAGGCACCCCAAUUUCAGUGUGGUAGGAAUGCUCCUACAUUUACCCUAGAACCGCAGCAGCUGAGCUCACGACAAAUCAUCAUGAAUGACUACAUUACAUCGCAGCAAAUGCAUGGUCAGUCGCAAGGACGCAACUCGGUGGGAUCUGGUGGACGACCGGAAAAAGAAUCUCCAUCGCCACGAAGCGUUCCCAACAUGGCCAAUUCAUCAGCUGCUUUACUGUAUGCUGUUGCCGAACGGGAACGAAAUACCAGGCCAGAAUAUCUGAGCCGAGCGUCACCUGCCGAUCACGUUAACAGGGUUUCUCCUGUUUUCAGUACUCCUAGUCCGCACAGGACCCCCCCUCCACCGCAAAGGCAAGGGGUAAUCCAGAGACACAACACUGUAGGAGGUAGUGGAAACGCCAGUGGUGGUGCUGGAUCUAAACCGCCAAGUCCAGCUCCCAAUCGAUUGCAUCUUGUCCCGCCGCCACAUCAUUAUAUGCAAGGACAUGAUGCAUUCACUUCAUUGGUUGAUCUAGCCGUGCAGCAGCAGCCAAUGACGGUACCGCACAAGGACGAUAAGCGACCAUCGAUCGUUGAGCAGCAGCAGGCUCCGCAGCCACCGCCACCGACGCAUCAUGACAUCCGCUAUCACCCGGCAACAAUGAUUCAGAUCCAUCACCAACAGCAGCAGCAGCAACAGCAGCAGCAACAGCAACAACAACAUCAAGCUGCAGCUGCAGCGGCAGCAGUUGCGGCAGCUCAACAGCAACAACAUCAACAUCAAGCAGCUGCUGCCGCCGCUGCUCAACAACAGCACGCAGUUGCAGUUGCAGCGCAACAACAUCACGCUGCAGCGGUGCAGCAGCAACAGCAACUUCAGAGGCAUCAACAGCUUGACAUGCAACGCCGUCAGCAACCCCAGAUGCAUCCUUCGAUGCAGCAUCCAUCGGUUGUAGCCUAUCGGGAACAACAUAUGGAAAUUGUCAACUAUCGGGAACGGCUCGAACGCGAACGUAUGCAAGCCGAACAACGGGAACGCUCGAUCAUGGCCGAAAGGGAACGAGAGAGACAAAUGGAACGUGAACGAGAAAGGGAACGGGAGAGGGAACGUGAGCGCGAGCGAGAGCGGGAACAGCGCGAACAACGUGAUAGACAACAGCGCGAGCGAGACCGGGAGCGUUUAGCUCACCAAGAAGAGGAGGAACGUAGAAGGAAGCACUACGAUCUUAUUAAUGAAAGAAUGGAAAGGCCAAUGGAGCCAGGAAUGGGAAUGCGACCAUCUUCGGACGGCUCGUUGACCGCGGCCAAUCUGAUAGAUGCGAUAAUUACCCAUCAGAUUAAUCAGACGGCGUCGGAACCACCGCUGCCGCCCAACCGUGAUCUGCACCGUCCUUCUUAUUACCCAUCCCGCGACCAUCGCCCAUCACCAAUCAGUGAAAACAACGGGAAAUCUCAUUCACCCAACGUGAUAAACAUCGACGUCGACUCGGAACCUGUACGGACGAAAAACAUCACGAUUGGUGAAUUGGCAGAGACCAUCAUUGCCAAAGACUACUCGCCGAACCCGAAUCCGUUCCUGCAAAUGCGUCCCUCGAUGAUACCUAUGUCACUGGACCCGUCUAUGGUGCCGUCGGAAGCGUGGAAAUAUCGUAGGAUGCCACCGAGUAAGGAAGAUCAAUCACCCCACGGACAACCUCCGCCGUCUCCUUCGCAACAAUCUGUGCAAUUACAAGUGCAACAAUCGCAGCAAGGACCACCUGGGCAUCAAUAUGUGCAAUCAGGAAACAAAGGUCCAGGACGAUCUACACCUGACGAUCGCCACAUUAUUCGGAUGGCACAAUCUCCAGGACCUCGAAAUAAGUUUCACGAUUCCGUUUCGCCUGACACGCAGUUUUUUCAUCCGGGUGCGCCCCUAAGUCGAGGGCCACGUGACUUUGCCUUGGAUUGCUACGUCAAGAAUCGAAUUGUGGAAGCAAUGCGAACAGAAGAUGACAAACGUGCCGAUGAUGGAAGAGAUCAGCAAUCGCCACGCAACCAGUCGCCUGCACAGCAUGGAGGACAUGGACCUCCUCCUCCUGCUCAUCACAACAAAGAUCACGAUCGUAGCUCCACACCAGGAGAUAUGAUGAUUGAUGAGGAAACUGGGCGCCCUGCCUCUGGAGGCAACAGUCAUCGACCACCGUCAUCUCAGCAAAUGUCAUCGCAUUCGCAACCACAGGGAGGAAUGCACAACUCCCUACAUUCGUCACCCUACCUAGGAAAUCAACCCGUUCCUCCGCCAGCGACCACUUUUGCUCCACCCACGUACUAUCCAUACAGUGCGUUGACUGUAACGGGUGGCCCAGUAGGCAAUCUUGGUCCUCCAGGACCGCCCAAUAAGACGACCCUGGUUGUACCAACGCUGGGUGGUGCUGGCGGUAGUAGCGGUAUUCCACCACCCAAUAGCGGUGGUGGUAUGAACGAUGACCGACAAUCUUCAUCCAAUGCAUCAAUUGAACCGAAACCACUACUCUCGGCUCAAUAUGAAGCGCUCAGUGAUGAAGAUUAGAUCAAUCGUAUUCAUUUGUAUCGUUGUAGAACGAAAAUGAUAGGACAUCAACAUCAACAAAACAAGUUGAAUACACAUUCAGUAUGAAUUCUAUCUCAUGCAAACUUGUAAUUUAUUAUAAAUAUUAAUUAUAAUACAGAAAUUAUGAUAAUAAAACUAAAGUAUGAAUGAAUAAUUAUCUAUGAAAAGGUAAGCAUGUAUUAAAAAGUAAUACAUAAAAUGCUAGAACACUUUAACACUGAUAAAGGCAAAAACAGCUAGAGAUAUACAACGAGAAUUAUUAAUAAACAACACAAUCCAGAAUGAAGAGAAGGAUAGAAAAAUUAUCGAUUACUCCAUUAAACGCUAAAUCUAUCCUAUAAAAAAAAACCAUCUGCAGAAUAAUCUUAUCCAGUCGAAAUACAACUGACAGAGAUACAGAGUUUAAUGCGCUUAACCCUUCUAAGAAACGUCCCCGGCUAGCGAGAAGCACAUACGAUUAAUGAGAAUCUACUCACACACAUACACACGCAAUCACUUCACCCUCGCAGGGAUCAUCGAUCGUCGGUCGUAGGUAACCGGUUGGAUGCGGACAGUUCCCGGACCAAGGGGGUGCAAGGGAAAGAGAACUGAAGUGAAUAGAUUUGGUCUCAUCGUUCACGAUUGUUGACUGUGUGUAAAAUAAAUGAACCAAAUGAAGUUCUUCGCAAAGUACUACUCGAGAAUGUUUUAAUGUGUUUAUUGAACAAAAAGAAAAACAAAAUGUUAAAGUCAGAAGCUAAAUAUGUCAAGAUGGAAGCUUAUCCACGAAAACAAAAUGGAAGGGAUUUACUGUACGAGCUUGUUUGAAAAGCUAGAGACAAACAAACAAACAAAUAAAUAAAUAAACAAAUAAAAAUAGUUCGUCUAUGCCAACCAAUCCGGGAGAAUGCAAACCAACAAGUCAAACAAUGCUAGGGCUGUUAUGAGUUCUCAUUGUUAGUUUUUCGUUUCGUUUUUCUUUUCUAAGUUCAUAGCUUUCGUUCCAAACACAUUCUUUCCUUUCUAUCACGGAAAAAUGUUUGAAUUCCGGAUAUUAGCGAAGGUGAAAAGAGAGACAAAAAACAAAACUGUAAAGAAAAUACUGUGUAGCAUGUAACUUUUAGUAUGGUUUAAGAUCAGUGCAGAGCAGGCAAAUAGAAGCAAGUGAAGCUAAUGUUCCAAUUAAGUCCAACUGCUGAGAUUACCGCGCUGUACAAUAUAAAUACAGAACUAAAAAAAACGCAUACUGCAUCAAGACAAAAAAAAAGAAGUUUAAAAACGAGAGAAAACGAGGAAAAAAGUGGUAUGUUAUGUUCUCUAUAAAGUAUAAAAAUGCAUGUAAUUAUAUUAUCGUCAAGUUCAUUAUAGUUCUGAAUUUUUAAGUUACAACUUAAAAAAGAGAAAAACUAACAAUUCAUUGAUUGCUGAAAAUAUAAAUUUAGUUAGGUAGACAGAAAGAAAUUAGAUCGUCUUAAGGCAGAGAGAAUCAAUGAUUAAUAUUAUGUAACAUUUGUGUUAAGCCUCUUUUUAGUUUGUAAUUAUUUCCUUCUUUUUCUAAAAAAAAAGUAUAUAUUAACACGAUAUGCAAAAUCUAAGCAUUAAGUGAAUAAAAUAUAAAAUAAUUAAAAUUAACAA